GCAGAUCAAAAAUGGAUUUCUGUGAUCUACCUGAAUACUGCAAUGGAAGCAAUGCCUACUGUCCAGACGACGUUUAUAUCAUGAAUGGCUACCCGUGCAACAACAUGAAGGCAUACUGCUACUAUGGAGUAUGCCAGAGUUUUGAUUCACAAUGUGAAUCUAUAUAUGGAAAAGGGGCACGAAAAGCACCUGAUGUAUGCUUUGAAAAAGCAAAUAUCAAAGGAGAUAGGUUUGGGAACUGUGGAAUGAGCGGUGGAGCAUACAAGAAAUGUCCUAUUCAGCAUAGUCUGUGCGGCAAGCUCCAGUGCACAUCUGUUAGCCUUCAAAAUCUUCCUGCUUGGAGUGUUGUUACUAACGCAUCUGGGGCUUUAUGCUGGUCUUCUGACUUUGACUUAGGAUCAGAUGUCCCUGAUCCUGCUCAAGUUCAUGAUGGAACAGCCUGUGGAGAAAAGAAGGCCUGUGUAGGUUUUGAAUGUGUGAAUGCAAGUCAUCUGGGCUACAGCUGUGAUGUAAAGCAGCAGUGUAACGACAAUGGGGUGUGCAACAACAACGGGAACUGCCACUGCAAUUCUGGGUGGGCGCCUCCGUUCUGUAACCGGGGAGGCUACGGCGGCAGUGUUGACAGUGGUCCAGCUCACAUAGAUACGUCACUUCGGGAUGGUCUGCUUCUUUUUUUCUUCCUUGUGUUGCCAAUAGUAAUCAUUACUGUAUUAGCAGUAAUUAAGCGUGAUGCAAUAAAAAGGAAGUUUUGCAGCAAAAGUAGAAGACAACACAG